UAUAAUCGGUAAAGACAGGUAGAUGAUAGUAAAGAAGUAAAUCCGCUCAAUCUCUCCACACUAUCUAUACCAUUGAACCAGGAUGAGAAACUUGUUUUCACAUGGACAUGGAUAUAAAAUUAAUCAAUCACUUGUGGAGAGUAUUAAUUUGUUUCAUGUGUUUAACGAAACAAAUGGAUAUUUUCAAAGAAUACUCGCUAUUUUAAAGGUUCCUUAUUUUGAAUUUCUAGUUAAAUGAAAAAAAUAAUUGUACAUCGAAAUAUUCGACUUUAGAUAAAAGAGUGACACAGAAUGGGAAAACUCGCAACUCAUCAUAGUAAAUAUAGUUUGUGAAUGUCAUCUGCAUUUUAUAAGUUCUUGGAUUGCUUUCGUAAUCAUUGACGCAAACACGGUUAAGCGAUGAUAUGUUAAUAAACAAUGGACGAAAACGACAGAUUUCUGCGAUGAGUGUCAUUCAUUUGACAUCUUGUAAGCAGUGGUAAAUUUCAAGAUCUCAAACAGCGUAAGGGAGCGCCACUAAAACAGAUUUCAACACGACAGGGACAUGCGACAUUACAUGGAUUUUACAAGUAUGAUCACGAGAAAAGAAUAAUACAACAAUUAUCGUCUUGCUUUGGAGGCGAUAUAGAUGAUAAUUAUAAAGAAACUAUGCAUCUUUAACAUUAUCCUCCGUAGCCGUUAAGACCUAUAACUAGUAUAAAAUCACGUAACGAGGGCAUAGUUGCAAAACGUCAGAUAAAAUGCUUCUAAACGCUACCACACCUGAUUCUCCAACAAUUUCUAGUGACGUUGCUGAUGAUCCGCUUAUUUCGCUGAAAGUCCCGGCAAUAAUGUUUGCAACAGGAGUAUUUGGGAACUCCCUAGCCAUUUUUGUGUUGCUUAGAGCACCAAAGGAGCAUAGAACAUCCGCCUUUUACCGUCUUGUUGGAGCGUUAACUGCUACGGACCUGUUCGGAACAUGCGUGACGUCACCAAUUACGUUGAUCGUUUACGCGAACAAUCGUCAAUGGGUUGGCGGGACACCAGUGUGCAACUUCCAUUCAUUCAUGCUUUCUUUUGCUGGAAUGUCAACGGUUCUAAUGAUUGGAGUUAUGGCAAUUGAACGGUUCAUUUCAGUAAUUAUGCCAUAUUUCUACGAAAACCACAUUACAAAGGAGCGAGCACAGUGGUUUCAACUACGAUUUUCUCCAACAUUUUUGUUACUGUCUCACUUGUACUGGGAAGAUGUAUGCAAUCAGUUAGACGCAAAUGCACUGGAGAGCUUCAAAUGGUGGUCCUUUUGCUUGGAAUUAUUGUUGUCUUCACAACUUGCUGGGGUCCUAUUUUGAUACGGAUACUGACAAAUCAAAUAAGAAAGCAGCAAGUCGACCUGAGAGCAGAUCUAUACGCUAUUCGACUAGCGUCAUUCAACCAGAUACUCGACCCAUG